CCAGUUUCCCUCUAGCACCACCACAGCAAGAAGCCAUGGCUGCUGCAGCUCUCUCCAAGCUCCUCUCCUCCCUCCUCCUUCAGCCACCACCACCACCACAACAAGAGUUCACUCUUCCGCCACGUGUCCCUCUCCCUAAACCCUCGCCACCAUCCCCUCUCGUUGCCAGCUGGGCCCCAUCGGCGGAAAAUGUAGCCUUUCCGUCGCUGGCCAACUCAAACGUGCUCUUCUUCAGCUCGGCCGGCUUCAACGGCCAGGUGUUGGUCCAAGACAACGAGCCGGAGGAGUGGCUCCUCAACCGGUUCAGGAGGGAGGUCAUCAGGGCCGGCGUGUUCCUGGAGUGCAAGAAGAGGAGGUUUUUCGAGAACAACCAGGACAAGAAGAAGAGAAGGGGCGCCAUCUCCAAGAAAAAGAAGAAGAGAAAGGCUAGGCAGGCUGCUAGAAGGAACAAGAACAACCCCCAAAGGUUUGAUCUUUCUGACUUAAGAUUGCUUUUUGAUGAGUCUGAUAUUGCAUUUUGGGUCUGUUUUCUAAUGAUGUUUAUACUUUUUUAAUACUAAUUAUUAGGUGGUGAUAAGCAUAAAGUUUG